AUGAUGCUAAUCAUGCGAGAGAAACUAGUUCGCAUCGAUGGCUUAAUGAUGGUGAUGGGAGAUCGAUGGAGAACAACGUUGGAUCGUUGGACUCCCCAUUCAAGACGGCCGGCAACGGCGGGCCGGAGGGGGGUCCGGCCACCCUGGCCGGAGGGGGUUCCGGCCACCCUCUGCCAUCCGGCUUCCCCGGCGGGUCCAUCCGGAGAGGCGAAUCUUGGCCGCCACCUGGCCAUUCGUCUCGCCCAGAUCGGCGUCCGUGACAUAUUUACGGUUCCCGGAGACUUCAAUCUCACGCUUCUUGACCACCUCAUCGCUGAGCCGAAGCUCAAGAACAUAGGAUGCUGCAACGAGCUGAACGCAGGGUACGCUGCCGACGGCUACGCUCGGGCGAAUGGUGUCGGAGCAUGCGUCGUGACCUUUACGGUCGGCGGUCUCAGCGUUAUUAACGCUAUUGCUGGUGCCUACAGCGAGAAUCUCCCUGUCAUCUGCAUCGUCGGCGGCCCUAAUACCAAUGAUUACGGGACGAAUCGGAUCCUGCAUCACACCAUCGGCCUUCCAGAUUUCUCUCAGGAGCUUCGAUGCUUUCAGACCGUAACCUGCUAUCAGGCGGUGGUGAAUAACUUGGAGGAUGCUCACGAUCUCAUCGAUACGGCGAUCUCCACUGCUCUCAAGGAAAGCAAGCCGGUUUACAUCAGUGUCAGCUGUAAUCUUCCCGCCAUCCCUCAUCCAACUUUCAGCCAUGAGCCCGUCCCUUUCUUCUUAGGUACCAGAUUGAGCAACAAGAUGGGUUUAGAGUGCGCGGUGACUGCAACAGCAGAGUUCUUAAACAAGGCAGUAAAACCCGUGUUGGUCGGCGGGCCCAAACUGAGGGUAGCUAAGGCCGGAGAAGCCUUCACCGAGCUCGCAGAUGCAUCUGGCUAUCCUGUAGCCGUAAUGCCGUCGGCAAAGGGAUUAGUCCCUGAGAACCUCCCCAGAUUCAUCGGUACCUAUUGGGGUGCUGUCAGCACAGCCUUCUGCGCCGAAAUAGUUGAAUCCGCGGAUGCUUAUCUCUUCGCAGGUCCCAUCUUUAACGACUACAGCUCCGUCGGCUACUCCCUUCUUCUCAAGAAGGAGAAAGCCAUCAUUGUCCAGCCUGACCGCGUUGUAGUCGCCAAUGGCCCUGCUUUUGGCUGCAUUCUCAUGAAGGAUUUUUUACAUGCUCUGGCCAAGAGGCUGAAGAAGAACACCACAGCCUAUGAGAACUACAGCCGGAUCUUCGUGCCGGAGGGUCAACCUCCCGAGUCCCAGCCCAAGGAGCCUCUGCGUGUGAAUGUUCUCUUCAAGCACGUUCAAGCCAUGCUCACCGGCGCAAACGCCGUGAUCGCCGAGACCGGAGACUCCUGGUUCAACUGCCAGAAGCUCAAGUUACCGGAAGGCUGCGGAUAUGAAUUCCAGAUGCAGUAUGGCUCCAUCGGUUGGUCGGUUGGGGCCACCCUUGGCUACGCCCAAGCGGCCAAGGACAAGCGCAUCAUCUCCUUCAUCGGCGAUGGAAGCUUCCAGGUGACAGCUCAGGAUGUGUCAACAAUGUUAAGGAACGGGCAGAACCCCAUCAUCUUCCUCAUCAACAAUGGAGGCUACACCAUUGAGGUUGAGAUCCACGACGGACCUUACAAUGUGAUUAAGGGCUGGAACUACACAGGAUUAGUGGACGCCAUACACAAUGGCGAGGGCAAAUGCUGGACGACGAAGGUGAUGUACGAGGAAGAACUGAAGGAGGCGAUUCAGACCGCUACUGGAGUUAAGAAGGACAGCUUGUGCUUCAUAGAGAUUAUCGUGCACAAGGAUGAUACCAGCAAGGAGCUCCUUGAGUGGGGUUCUAGGGUCUCUGCCGCCAACAGCAGGCCGCCAAAUCCACAGUAAUUUCUCUUUUGACAUUUCUGCUUCCUAUGUUUUGGUAGAUAGUCAACUUUUGAAUAGUAAGAGAACAAUUGUUAGUGCAGUAAUUUCAUCUAAAUAUUUAUAUUUAUAUUUAUAAUGUUUUGAUGUAAUAAAUCUAUACAUGGGAAGGUGUGUUUUG